AUGCCGAACGCUUUCCUGCCCUACGCUGUUCUCGUUGCUUCUGCUCCGGCAGCUAGUGUGAAGGAUGGAGAUAUUUCCCUUCUCAAUCCAACAGCUGUUAAUGGGACCAACUUAUAUGAGACUGACAUCCUGCUGACAGACGGGCAACAUCUGCAGGUCAUCGCCAAGAAAGCCAUCAACUACUUGGCCGCCCGUUGGUCCACUGAUGCCAAGGGGUUCCCUGAGGUGCCCUAUAGCUUUGGUGACGAACGUGACAAGGCAGCAGCUGUGGCAGCUGGCAUAGACCACUGGGAGGAAAACACUUGCAUCACAUUCCACACUUCCCCUCAUAUCAAAUUUAUCCUGGGCUCUGGCUGUUGGUCUUACAUUGGCAGCAUCAACAGCAAUACUGGACAGGACCUUUCUAUAGGGACUGGUUGUACAGGGGUGGGAACAGUGGCCCACGAGAUCGGCCAUGCCAUAGGCUUCUACCAUGAGCAGUCCAGGAGUGACCGAGACCGACAGGUCAAGAUCUUGUUGGAAAACGUAAUCGCAGGGAAGGAAAGUAACUUCAACUCCUAUGCCGACAAUAACUACUCUGUGCCCUAUGACUUCCUGUCUGACAUGCACUAUAAUUCGGAAGCAUUCAGCAGCAACGGUAAACUGACAAUAGUAACAGUGGACCCAAUGAAUCAAGAACUGAUAGGUGUCAGAGACGCACUCAGCCACAUGGACAAGUUAUUGGCCAACAAAAUCUACCCCUGCAUAGACGUGAGAUGCACGAAGGUGAUCGAGGCACCGGCAUGCCACAAAGUCCAGCUCAACUUCACGGACUUCCAGAUCUACGGAAGGCAUGCCUUCUGCAACAACACGAUGUGCUGCUACUUCGAGAUCCUGGAGAUCAGGACGAACGACUCCUUCAAGGGAGAUGUGUAAGUAGGACGAAUGGGGCGCUCUGGU